AAUACAAUAUGCUUCUUGUUUUAUCAAGAGAUUGAUAGUGCGACGUCCUCGGGAUCCUCUGAGGAGAAAGCCAUUGAUCCAGUGGAGAUAAUUCCUUUGAAUCAAGUUUCUCAAACCACCGUGGAAGCUUCUUUACAAGGGAAACCACAAAGACCCAUCUUACUCAGAGCCAUCAGUUUCAAACAGAGGACAACGGGUAAUAGUGAUCAUGAAGGCCGUCGGGUCCCUGUGGAGCUCAAGGGUCCUCCUUCUAGAUCUUCUUUGGAGAAUAGUGAUUGGAGUAAGGCAGAGUCUCUAGUUAAGGUAGAACUACAAGCGGAUGUUGAGCUUAUAAGAUCCAGCACUAGAGGGUUUGCUGAAAGACUAGCCCAAAGAAGACCACAUAAGAUGCCGAACAGGAGGUGCAAAGAGCAGUUCAAAACGUCCAAAGGCGAAGCUGAUCCAAAAAGGAAACAUUUUCAGUUUGAUGUCCAACAAUUUUGUGAUAACUUUGUGAAGGGUGUGGACAAAGCCCUCAAGGACGUCAGCAAGAGCCAAAAGAAGAGCACACCCACACGUGCCCCAGUAGCUGAGCCAUCAAUUUUCAUCAGUGAAAAACCCAAAGGUAAAUCUGAAAACAACCUUGAAGAUCUAAAAGAUUUUUCAGAUUCUUUACCAAUUUUUGAUAAGUAUGAUGAAGAGCUAAUGGAAAGUUGGAUCACUUGUGAGGAUGAAUGUGAUCUUCCUUCUCCAAAACCUGAUCUUAUGUUUGAUAUUGAUAAUGAAGAGACUAAUGGACUAACCUGUUUUGAACCGGAGCAUCCGAGUAGUCUUGUUCUAGUUUCACAGGUUUUUGAGGAAGAACCAUUGAACUACCAACAUCAAGGACCACGUCUUGAGACUAGGAGACCCUUGGACAAUGAUCUUAGUCCCAUCUUUGAUGAAGAAGACGAGCUUGAUCCAAUCUUUGAUGAGGAAGCACCAAGCACAUCAUCCAUCAUCAUAGAGAAACAUCUUUGCUUUGAUCCAGGCACAACUUCUACGCCUUUGCCUAAAAAGCACUGUGAGAAACUUUAUUUACUUAAUUCUCUGCCUGAAAUGUUUGUUAAGAUCAGUUCUCCUGUUGUAAAUCGUUUUGGUUUUGACAAAGUUAAAGAUUUUGUGUUUCAAAUUCUGUUUUUGAUAACAUGAUUCAUUCUUCUGAGAAAUUUGAACUUGACGGAAUUCUUGAUCAAAAACGUUUUCAAAAUGGCAAUGACAUCCAUUUUGGAUUUGUUUUGAGUCUUGAUCAGUUUUUGAAACAUAGCAAAAGUUUUGAUCAUCUUGAAAAGUCAUUUGAGCUUGAUUUGCAACAGUCUGAUUUUUGUGCUAGAAAAUCGUUUGAUUCAUCUGUCUUCAAAGAAAAUGACUUUAAUCUGAGCCCUUAUAGACAUGAACUGAUCACUGGUAAUUUAUUUGCAUCCACUUGUGCCUUGGACGAAUUUUUGGUUAAGAAGUUGCUGAAACAAAAAUCACAUAGAGCUGAAACCGAUUUUAUUUUUGAUUCUGUUUUGAAGCUUGAUAACUUGUGUGUUGAAACUGAUAAACCUUGGCAUAAUUUGAAACCAAUGUUUGAAAAUUGUGUUGUCUUGAGCUUUGAUGUCAUCUUGGUUUACAACACAUUCUUUGAUGAUUAUCCUAAGAGCUUGGAUCAUGUUCUUGAUGUCCUAAGGAUAGAGAAACUCUUUGAUUAUUUCUCUCGCAGAUUUGAUGUGGUUUCCCUAGUUGUUUUGAAAGUACAGGAUAAGUAUGAUCAGUUCCCAAGGAGAGAAAACACUGGUGAACGCCAAAGUUCUUAUGUAUCAGGGACAUGGAACUGGAAGUACUUGAGGAAAACAAGUCCAAAACUCCAAGGAACUUUCUGUCCAUACUUUUCCUUCAUUGAAUUUUAUAUGAUUUUAAAAUUCGUUUUCUCUUAUUCAUUUCCUUUUGAUAGAGGUGAAAUGGAUUUGAGGUCAAAUCCUUUUCAAGAGGGAGGGAAUGAUGUGCCGUGGGGUAGCGCACCGGGCAAAAUAGGCAUGCAUGGCUUGAUCAUGGAAAGCAGUAAAGAUAUAUGUUCAUUGUUUGACUCAUAUCUUACAAACCACGAGGCUUCUACGCAUGAAAUCACUUGGAGAAUGGUCUCAACUCAAUUACGGAGCUCCUUGAAGAAGAAUCAGAUCAAACUGAGUUCAUAUGUGAUAGUUAUGCUAUUUACAAAUCAGGUGAUCUUCAGUUCUCGCGAAUUCAGACCACCCGAGAAGCUCGAAAUAGCUAACCUUCUUUCUGAUGAACCAACGGUCAAUUCAAUCAUGAAAAAGGUUAUUAUUCAUUUUCUAAAUGUUCAAGAAAGCAUUGGGCUUGAUGGUUUUCAAAAAGAUUCAAAAACGAACUUGUUUGGGCCAAAUGGAGAAACCGAUAAAUAUUGGCUAAAGGAAAAGAUGGAUUUCGACCAGGCCUCAAAGGGACAUGUCUUGGCCCAUAUCAGGAGUAUAUUCUUCACCUUUCAAAGUCGUGGUCGUGGCUAUAUGAAGAGGUAGUCCAAGUUUCAGUCAAAGACUUUAUUUAGUCAAGUCUUUGUUUCUAUUUCCAAUGUCUUGUUUUUAGCACAUUUUUCUUUGGAUCUCUACAACUUGUAAUCCUAUAAAUAAGGCCUUAGAGCCACGAAAUAAAACAGAUUGUUUUUCCCUUUUUA